AUGAGCUAUGACGGUAUAGAUCCGACAAAAAAGCCUCGGCUACCCAAACUAUUUUGCAACCCAACGGCAGCUAAAAACCUACGUGAAAUGAACAGAAUUAUCGCUGCUGAUAUUAGCGACCAAACAGAUUUUAAGGACCUACACGCCAUGAUCUAUGCUGGGGCGUUCGCGGUUCUAAAGCUAAACGGUCAGAGACCUACAGAUGUUACAAGUCGGAACGGAACUAAAAGGCAGCCAGCUUGGGAAAGGAGGCUAAGCAAGAACAUAGAUAAUAUCAGGAGCGAUAUAGCUAUCCUAACGCAGUACCAAAAACCGACAUACAGCCAAAGAGUGAAAAAGAAAGGGGACACAAUAAUGCGACGAUAUACAUCUGAAGAAAACCCAACCAUAGUCGAAGUUUUGGACCUUCUAAAGCAGAGACUAUUAGCCUUAUCUCAAAGAGUGAAGAGAUAUAAGAAGAGCAGCCAACGUCGUAAACAAAACAUCCUAUUUCAUAGAAAUCAGAGAGCAUUUUAUAAAUCUGUGGGCAAAGAAUCAGAUCGUACACUAAAAGGAAAAACAUCAUUUCCUAACACAGAAGACAUAAGACACUUCUGGAGCGCUAAACGAAAGUAUUACGCCGCAAUGCCUGCUAAUACAACGUAUGCCCAAGUAACAGCCUCUGGGUCAGACAAUACUACGGCUAAGAAAUUCAUUCAGGAGCUCAUCCCAGAUAUUGCUCAGAUUAUAGACCAACAGGUCAAAAAAGCAAUAGAUGAGGUAAUUAAGACCAGUUUAUCAAUAUACCUGCCGUCUACCUCAUCAGAAAGAAGGCCUAUGCGACGGGAUCAGACUAUUGUGAAAAACGGUUAUCUAACCCAGACCGAAACGGAUGAAUUGAAACGUGAAGUUGGUAGAGCGAUAUCCCAAAAUGCCAUAAACGAUGAAGUAGCCCCUACACGUUUGUCAGUUCUGGAUCAACCGCAUAUCGAACCUGAAUGCGUAACUAGCCAAAAGCAAAAAGAGCUGAAUGAUCUUUUUCUAAGCACCUUAAGCUUCUACCGAUUUAGUGACCCCACAAAAAGGCCUAGGCUCCCAAAGCUUCUACUAAAUGCAAAAUCCAAUCAAAUAAUACAUCAGAUGGACGAAAUUCUUUUACGCCACCUAGAACACUGUGAUGACUUAGAAGAAGUACAUCUAUCUAUCUAUGCGGCAGCUGCUACUGUGGUGAACGUGAAUGGUCAAAAGUUACUACCACCUAAUGACGCGUCUCUUAAAAAGACAUCGAAACGUAGUGAGGAGCCAUGGAAACUAAGACUCAUGAAAGAUAUUGACUCAUGUAGAGCUGAGGCGGAUCUCAUUUCAGAAUACCAAGGAGGCAAUAGGUCCCGAAAGGUGAUCAAGAAAAUUGCAGAUAUUAAACGGAAAAUUAACGUACCCCCCAGCUGCGAUAACGAUAGCUCAUUUUUAAACCUGCAUAGAGAUAAAAUGAGGCAAGAAGCCAAAAUGAAAGGUGCCCGGCUCCAAAGAUAUAAUGAGACCAGCAAGAGAAAGCAGCAAAAUGCUUUGUUCGAGAGAAACCAAAACCAGUUCUACAGAUCUAUCAUCUCAGAAUCAUCUUCGGAACCCAAAGGCAUUAGAGAUACGCAAAAUUUUGUUAAAUUUUGGAGUGAUAUUUGGUCCGAACCAAAGCCAUCAGACCUUAAUGCGCCUUGGAUCAAAGAGGUAGUGAAGGCAGCUAAGAAAGCGUCAAACUAUUGGCUUACCUCAGGCCAAAUGUUCCCUGAGACUGAGGGAUUCCUUGUAGCUAUACAGGACCAGGUCAUCCCUACCAACAAUUACAAGAGGUUCAUACUUAAGAACUUGCAACAGUCUGAUAAAUGCAGGUACGGCUGUCAGGACUCCGAAACAAUACAGCACGUAACUGGUGGAUGCCAAGCAUUCGCUCCAACGGACUAUAAGGAGCGCCACGACAUAGCUGCCAAAAUCAUUCACCAGGAGUUGGCAUACAAAUUCAAACUGAUCGAAUGCAAGCUACAGUACUACAAAUAUACACCGCAAUGUGUCCUCGAGAACGACAAGUAUAAACUAUACUGGGAUCGCACUGUGCUUACCGACCAAUACAUAAAACAAAACAGACCUGACAUAAUCAUUGUCGACAAGGGCGCCCAGAAAGUAACACUGAUUGAUGUGGCCAUACCUAAUAGUAACAAUUUAACAUACAAACAUAAUGAGAAAGUUGCAAAAUACAGGGAGCUAGAAUUUCAAAUUAAACGCCAGUGGAAAAUGAAGGGGGACAUAGGAAUUCUGACACAAAAUCAAAGCUUGAACCCAGCAGCUCAGUCACUAAGAAAGCCAAAGCCAUUCUUGAAAGGGAAGAAAGCCUCGAAAAUCCAACAGCAACAGAAAUACUGGAUCACCUUAAACAAAAACUCAAGGCUAUGGCUAAAAAACUCCGACGGUAUAAGGAAAGCAACACAAGACGUCAACACAAUAGUCAGUUUAGCAGGAGUGAAAGGAGCUUUUAUAAAAAUUUAG